CAACAAGCAUGCGUAUGUAUGUGAAUCUAAAUGGCAAUGCGUGUGUGGCAUCUAUGCAUGAAUACAUCAAAGACUCUCUAAUCUUUAACAUGUAUAUAUACAUACAUACGGACAUGGAUGAUGCAACUAUGUUAUUGUCUAUAGUAAGGUCAUGAAGGUGUUAUAUAUUGUCCCCACGUGCCAUUUGUAUGUAGUAUUAAACCUAAAAUUAAUUUUGUGAUUAAUUAAAACUCUAAUCUAAAUACCAUAAUUAAUUAAGAAUUUUGGUUAAGGAUUGCUAAUCACGCGGUGAAUUUAGUCUCUAUAAAAGCAGUAGCUCACCUUCCACAACCUUCAAUAUCAACUCAUCACAUUUAUUUUCUCACUCUUUCUUUUUUAUUCAUCUCUCUCUAGCUAAAAUUAUAUAAAUCUCGAACUUGUGGAUAUAUAAAUAAAUAAUAUUAAAAUGGAGAAAAUAGGAGGAAUAAGUAGUGGAGGUACGGGAUCAUCAGGAGAAGCAGAAGUGCGAAAAGGACCGUGGACGAUGGAAGAAGAUCUUAUUCUUAUCAAUUAUAUCGCCAACCACGGCGAUGGCGUUUGGAACUCUCUCGCCAAAUCUGCAGGUCUAAAACGCACCGGAAAAAGUUGCCGCCUUCGGUGGCUCAACUAUCUCCGCCCUGACGUACGACGUGGAAACAUCACGCCGGAGGAACAACUUACCAUCAUGGAACUUCAUGCUAAGUGGGGAAACAGGUGGUCCAAAAUCGCUAAACACCUUCCAGGAAGAACCGACAAUGAGAUAAAGAAUUUCUGGAGGACAAGAAUCCAAAAAUACAUCAAACAAACCGAUGUGACAGCAACAACGACGUCCUCCGUUGGAUCUCAUCACAGCUCAGAAAUUAACGAUCAAGUUGCAAGUACGUCGAACCAUAAUGUCUUUUGUACACAAGAUCAAGCGAUGGAGACAUAUUCUCCUACAACUACGUCCUAUCAACAUACCAAUAUGGAUUUCAACUAUGGUAACUUCUCUGCGGCUGGGCCAACUGUGACUGCGACUACAACGGCAGAUUAUUCAAUUCCAAUGACUGUUGAUGAUCAAAACGGUGAAAACUAUUGGGGCAUGGAUGAUAUUUGGUCAUCAAUGCAUUUACUCAAUGGUAAUUGAUUAGUCAAGAUGGAUCAGAAAUAUGGAAUAUUAAUUUGAGAUUUGUGAUUUUUAGGAGUACUGUAAUUAGUACGUGACAUGUAUAUGGUUUUUGCCUCGCUGCUUAGAGGUUUGGGGAUAUAAUUUAUAUGUAAUAUUAAUGAUCUAAAUCCUUGAUAUAUAUUUGAACUCCGUUUGAUGUUAUACAUAAAUAAAACUGGAGGGGUCAUCUAUUUUUCGGAUU